CCCCAAAACACACAAUUUUUGAGUUGACAUUUUUUCCUCGGGGUCAAUAAUUCCAAUUUUCCAUCGAUUGUUGCGGCGAGCUGUCGACCACAGGGCCUGAAAUAAGAAUAAAACUCCUAAUUCGCGAGUCAGUGUUGCGAAUUUGUUAACGGGAAUUGACAAGAAUAAACAAGGAGUUCCUAAAUGUCUGAGUCCGGCAAUAGACGGGUUGUCCUGGCCUACAGCGGGGGACUGGACACGUCCUGUAUUCUGGUCUGGCUUAUAGAACAAGGAUAUGAAGUCAUUGCCUUCUGUGCUAACAUCGGACAGGAUGAAGAUUUCGAUGCUGCAAAAGAAAAGGCACUAAAGCUUGGUGCUAAGCGGAUGGUAAUUCCUGAUGUACGUGUUGAAUUUGUGGAGGAGUUUAUAUGGCCCGCUAUUCAGGCAAAUGCUGCUUACGAGGACCGUUACCUCCUGGGUACCGCUCUGGCAAGGCCCUGCAUCGCGAGGGCCAUGAUCAAGGUUGCCGUUGAAGAGAAGGCGCAGUAUGUCUCCCAUGGGGCCACAGGCAAGGGCAAUGAUCAGAUUAGAUUUGAAUUAGGGGCUUACGCAUUGCACCCCACAAUUAAGGUUAUUUCGCCCUGGAGGUUGCCGGAAUUUUACAACCGUUUUCAAGGCAGAGCAGAUCUUUUCAAAUAUGCACAGGAACAUGGCAUAGCUCUACCAGUGACCCCAAAAGCCCCAUGGAGUAUGGAUGCCAAUUUAAUGCAUAUAAGUUACGAGUCUGGGGUUUUGGAGGAUCCAGCCAAACAUGCCCCAGCUGGGAUUUUCCAGAUGACCGUGGAUCCGGAACAAGCACCUGAUCAAGCGGAGAAAAUCGUCAUCUCCUUUAAAAAUGGCUUGCCCGUCCAUGUUAAGAAUUUAGGAAAUAACGCGGAAAAGGACACGCCACUAGAAAUUUUCUCCUACAUGAAUGAACUAGGUGGAAAGCAUGCCAUUGGAAGAAUUGACAUAGUGGAGAAUAGGUUCAUUGGAAUGAAGUCUAGAGGUCUUUAUGAGACACCUGGCGGAACUAUUUUACUAGCUGCACAUAUGGAUAUUGAGUUGUUCACCUUAGAUAGGGAAGUAAGGAAAAUAAAGAGGAAUCUCGACAUCUCCUUCUCGGAUCAGGUGUAUAGGGGGUUUUGGUUCAGUCCCGAGUGUGAGUACACACGCACCUGCAUUCAGGGGAGCCAGAAUCACGUCACUGGUAACGUAACUGUUAAACUGUACAAAGGAGGAGUUUACAUCCUGGGCCGGGAGUCUCCGUUAUCUCUGUACAAUGCAGAGCUCGUCAGUAUGGAUGUACAAGGUGACUAUGAACCAACAGAUGCAGGUGGAUUCAUCAAAAUCAAUGCAUUAAGAUUACAAGAAUAUUGUCGACUGCGGCAGAAUCAAGCUACAGGGAAAUGAAAGUCCUCCUCUCUGACAGUGUACAUAGGAGGAAUUCGUAAAGCAUCACUUAGGGAGAUUAGUGUUCUGUUUCUUUUAAAAGACGUUUAAAUUUACUUUAUCAUGUUGUUUCUUCCUUUGAUUGCUGUUCAUAUUCAUAAUUGUCACUUAGCAUUGUAGAAGAUGCACUUAAAUAAUGAUAAACUAUUGUAUGGUUUGUCAACACUUUUCAGUUUUAUUACUC